CUCUCUCUCCUCAAUUCCAAUAUUCUUACAUCUUGUGUCUGCUUUUCUCUCUCUCCCUCCUUGAAAAUCUCUCUCUCUCUCUCUGCCUCCAUAAACCUUUCCCAAGCUGCUUUCUUUCUUUGACUUGUUGAAGGCUGUUUAUCUACAAUUUGGUUCCUCAGUCCAUUUCAGACCCUGCAUGAAAGCUGAAAACUAGGGCCAAGUACAGAUUAAAGUUUCGAACAUAAUUAUGGGUUGCUUCACCGUUUUGAAGAGCAAGAAGAAAAAGUCUGAGCAAACUAUUUAUAUUAAACGGGUCCUCCCUAAGGAGCAAACUCCAGCCACAUUGCCUGAACCCCAAAUCCCGACCCGUUCACUACAGUCUGCACCCCCAAGUUUUAGGAACAGAGUGAAACCUAUUCAACCAGUGAAUAGAGUCACCAAAAAGAACAAUAGAACUCGGGCAUUAUCUGCUCCAUCAACCCUAGAUGCGGCAGACCAAGAGUCUCUUUCCUCGGUUGAAUACGAGGAACCAGAAGAGCCAAAAUACCGGUCUGGAAUCCUGAAGGAACAACCGCCACCAAUUCCGCAACCUCUUCCCCUCCCAUCACCUCAAGGUGCUACUGCACUGCGGACUACAGGAAGCUUCAAGUCAUCGACUGCUAGUGGCCCUCUCUAUGCUUCUGGACCAUUGCCCCUACCUCCUACUGGAACACUACGGAACUUUUCAUAUGAAGAAGUAUCAUCAGCUUGCCACAACUUUUCUUCUGACCGAUGCAUGUCAGAAGGUCUAUCUUCCGUCAUAUAUAAGGCUUCCUUUGGAGAAGAUUCAUCAUCAAGUUCAAAAAAAUUUGAAGCUACCGUUACUCGCCUUCAUCCAUCCACUCAGGGUUUAAAGGAGUUUGUAAAUGAGGUAAACACUGUUGCAUCUUUGCAACAUCCAAACCUCUGUAAAUUGCUUGGUUUCCAUGCACGCGAGGGAUCAGAACAAAAAAUGUUGGUCUAUGAGAGGCUGUUUCAUGGAAGUCUGGAUCGGUUUUUAUAUGGACGAUCAGAUAAGCCCCCAAUAGACUGGAAUACAAGAACAAAAAUUGCUUUAUGUGCUGCACAGGGUCUUACAUUCUUGCAUGAAGAAGGACCUUUCCAGGCAAUGUACAAUGAGUUUUCAACUGCCAACAUUCAGAUUGAUAAAGAUUUUAGCGCAAAGCUUUCUGGAUAUGGCUGUGUUGGACAUAUUCCUGAGGCAGAAAUCUCUACUAAUUCUGUUGCAGUGGCAAAUCUAUCAGUUGAGACGCUUGAAAGAGGAAUGCUUACUCCCAAAAGCAAUGUCUGGAGUUUCGGGAUUGUUCUUCUAGAACUACUUACAGGACGGAAGAAUCUUGAUAGCCGGCAUCCCAAGGAAGAGAUGAAUUUAGUUAAGUGGAGCCGGCUUUACCUAGCUGAUGAUACGCGGCUGUCACUGAUUAUGGAUCCUCAGCUGAAAGGCCGCUUCCCAGCCAAAGCUGCCCGAGCGGUGGCUGACAUUGCACAGAGAUGCCUCCAGAAAGACCCAUCCGAAAGACCCACCAUGAGAACUGUUGUUGAGCAUCUCAAGAACAUUCAAGACAUGAGGCACUCGUCCAGGUUUCCUUUGCAAGACCCUGCUUCACUUGCCGGAAAACAGAUGUCAAGAUCGCCGAGUCUUAACGGAAUUGUCACCCCUGUGCCUAGGCUAAGUUUUUCUCCUUCACCUCCAUCAAUGGCUCGGCCAUCUAUUUCACCUACUAGACGACUUGCCCUGCGUAUGUCUCUUCCUCCACGAGCUUGUUCCACCAUUGUCACUAUGGAGGAGCUAGACCACCUGCUGGAAAGCCGGAAAUCAUCAUCAUCUACGGUUCCAAGGGCUAGUGUUGAGGGAUUUUGAUUGUGUAUAAUGUGCAUUUUUUAUUAAUUUUUUUAUUUUUGGUUCUUUGUGAUUCAACACAAUAUAUAGCAGCAGAUAAAGAUGUGGUUGUUGUUCCCACCGAAGCGGACUGUAUGCCCUGUAGAUAUAAUGCAUGCCUGGUAGAAUUGGGUUCAUCUAGUUUCCCUUAGAUUUACAAUGCAAUUUCCACGACUUGGUUUGCCUUC